AUGAAUUUCAACAAAAAUGUAACAAAUAUUUCGUAUACUCUUCAAAAUGAUGGUGUUCAUGCAACUUUGGUUUACGUCUCGUUCGACAAUUUUUACGAAGUUGUUAAAGCUAGGAUCAGAUGCAGCAUCAAUUUUCCGGAAAAUGACAGAGAUCGAGAAUAUAAACGACAAUAUUUUAAGACUUCAGUAGAUUUCGAAAGAUUAUUGAAAGGAGUUUUUGGGAAUUCCUUAAUAGAAAAAGUGGCACGACAAAUUUUUGAAACAAAAAAUCUGUCAAUGCCUUUAAAACAGGGUCGUUAUUAUUUGAAUGACCUUUCAUUUCCCGACAUUACGUUACCUUAUGGUCUACCAUCAAGAGCUUGUAUGAAAGGCGUUCUAGAAGCAAAGAUUAAAGGACAGAAAAAAUCGGUGCUGGGAAGCUCAUGGGAAUUUUUUAUUAACCGAGUUUAA